AUGGCCGAGUCGCUGCCCCUGCCCGGGCUGUCUCUGCGGGAGGAACCGCUGCCCGGACCCGGCGCCGCCGAGGGGGAGGCCGAGCUGUCGCUGAGCUUGGCGCGCACCAAAACGCGGUCGUACGGCAGCACGGCCACGGUGCUCGCCCCCUUGGCGGAGCGGUACGUGGAGCACCGCCUCAGCCCCGGAGACACCUUGCCGGGCUUGGCGCUCAAGUACGGCGUGACGAUGGAGCAAAUAAAAAGAGCAAAUAAACUUUUUACAAAUGACUGCAUAUUUCUUAGAAAAACAUUAAAUAUCCCAGUUAUACUGGAAAAGGCGCUGCUGUUUAAUGGAUGUAACUCACUGGACUCUCCAGAGGAUGAUUCUGACAAUCCCACUACUUGUGAAGAAAGACCUAUGACUGUUCAGGAAGAUAGUUCUUCCCCCAGUCCUCCAGAAUCCGACAAUCGACUUCCCCCACCUGAAGAACUCUCGGCCAAAGAUUUUCUGCACAGAAUGGAUGUGCAGAUUAAAUUGUCCAAACAAGCAGCUAAGAAAUUAAAAUCUGAAAAUGACAGGGAAUAUGGUGAGGAAAAUUCCUAUGCAAUUUCUUCCUAUCAGCAGUAGAAAAUGAAUAAAGAGCUGGAAUGAAAGCAGUUCUUAAAGAACUAAAUAUUUGAAAUUCAGAAGAUCUUUUGGAUUUGAUAUAUUAUAUUGUACUUGUUACAAAUCAUAUAUAAAAAUUCCACUGACUGUUGCACUAAAAGUAUUUGAAUGUUUGCCUUCUAUAGGCUAAUAUUCUUUUACUAUUCAUUAAUAAAGGAAAUGCUUCUCCAAAAUAUUGCCUUUAUAUUUCUGCUAAAAAAAAUGGCACACUAGCAACAAUGUAUUCGUAAGAGAACUUCAAUACAGAUUUUUUUUUGUUUUCGUAUACAUAUAUAUAUAAGAUAAUAUUAAAGGAAUAAUCAUUUAUUUUUUAAAAAGCCCUGUGGUCUUGACUCAGACAUGGUUGUAAUGCAAAUUUUGUGAACGAUGCUGAUGGAUGCACCAUGAUUAAGUUGAAUGUUUAUGCACAUUUGUAUAUGUCUCUCUGUGUUGACAUAUUUAAAGAUAUGCUCUUAAAGUGAACCAGUUUUAGCCGAUUAUUUUAGGCGGAAAAGUUGGGAUUUUAAAAUAUGUACGGUAAAAUACUUUGUUUGGGAAAAAAAGGGACCAAACUGAGUAAAUUGUAUUUUUUUUCUUUGUGAAAAGGUGUUUGGAACAUAUUUUCUUGUUAGCACAUAUACGUAGUUUCAUGUAUUGAAUAUAAAAUGCACUUUAAAGAGUUAUUGCCUUUGUUGUUUGACGUAUCUGAUGCUUUGCAACUACUGUACAUUUCAGAUAUGAUUUGUUUCAUAUGCUAUAUUAAAAUUUCUUAUAGCGUC